AACUUACCACCCACACCCACUCCUCACUCUCUCUUCCCUUCUUCUUCCUCAAACAAUCCAAAGGAUAAUCCCAAACAUUUAACGUAAAUCUGACUCUCUGCAAGUCUUGUAUGUGUCUUGUUUUACCAUUUGCUCAGCUGAGUGUUUUGACACAUUGAAGCAUCAAGGAUUUGUCGAACUUCAGCUUUUCGGUGACAUUCCAAAGCGGGGAAGAUGGACUACGUGUAUGGACCAGGAAAGAACCAUCUCUUUGUUCCAGGGCCUGUUAAUAUCCCAGACCCUGUCAUUCGGGCAAUGAACAGGAACAAUGAGGAUUACCGGUCUCCAGCAAUUCCAGCAAUGACAAAAGUUCUUCUUGAGGAUGUUAAGAAAAUUUUCAAGACAACUUCUGGAACUCCAUUUUUGAUCCCAACCACAGGCACUGGUGCUUGGGAGAGUGCGCUUACAAACACUUUAUCACCUGGUGAUCGAAUUGUGUCUUUUCUGAUUGGCCAAUUCAGUUUGCUUUGGAUUGACCAGCAGCAACGUCUAAACUUCAAUGUUGAUGUUGUUGAAAGUGAUUGGGGCCAAGGUGCUAACCUUGACAUUUUGGCAUCGAAACUUGCCGAAGAUACUGCACACACUAUUAAGGCAAUUUGCAUUGUCCACAAUGAGACAGCAACUGGAGUUACCAACAACUUGGCUAAAGUGAGAAAAAUUCUUGAUGACUACAGGCACCCAGCUCUUUUCCUUGUCGAUGGAGUGUCCUCCAUUUGUGCUCUUGACUUUCGCAUGGAUGAGUGGGGAGUAGAUGUGGCUUUAACUGGCUCUCAAAAAGCUCUUUCUCUUCCUACUGGAAUGGGUAUUGUUUGUGCAAGCCCCAAAGCUCUGGAGGCCUCCAAGACUGCAAAGUCACUGAGAGUUUUCUUUGACUGGAAGGAUUACUUGAAGUUCUAUCAAAUGGGAACAUACUGGCCUUACACCCCUUCCAUCCAACUGCUGUAUGGGCUGAGAGCUGCUUUGGAUCUGAUAUUUGAAGAAGGCCUCGAGAAUGUGAUUGCGAGGCACACCCGUUUGGGCAAAGCAACCAGGCUUGCUGUGGAGGCAUGGGGAUUGAAGAACUGCACCCAAAAAGAAGAAUGGUUCAGUGACACUGUGACUGCUGUGCUUGUUCCCCCAUACAUUGAUAGCUCAGAAAUUGUAAGAAGGUCAUGGAAGAGAUACAAUUUAAGCUUAGGUUUGGGUCUUAACAAAGUAGCUGGAAAGGUAUUUAGAAUAGGGCAUCUUGGACACAUGAAUGAGUUGCAAUUGUUGGGUUGUCUUGCUGGUGUGGAGAUGGCACUAAAAGACGUAGGCUAUCCAGUUAAGAUGGGAAGCGGAGUUGGGGCUGCUAGCGCAUACCUACAGAACAACACUCCUCUGAUCCCUUCCAGGAUUUGAUUCACCUGCAGCCCAUGUAAUUACUUUUCUCCAAUCGUUUACUUCAGGGCACUAUGUAAAGAAUGUAUAAUUUUCCUUCCUGUGCUUGCACUCUCUUGAUACUUGCCUAGUCUCCUUCUUGAUACAAUUGUUAUGUAUUAUCCUGUAUUUGGAACUUCUUUAAUCCAAUCAAAGUAUUUUCCUUUCUUAUUU